ACGUCAACCAACAUCAGCCACAUUUUAUUCACUCUUAUUCUGUGGCAGUGUGGCGUCAUCAAUAGUCGCCUGUGCACAGUCACCAUUUCUACCACAAUCAUCAAUCUUCCAGCCAUCCCACCUUACGUGGUUCAAGUCUUGGAUGUGUACCACAUUGUGCGCUCCAAUGUUCUUCAACCUUGAAAAUGCCACCACGGAAAACGCCCGCAAAGGGUAAGGCCAGCGCCGCGAAAGGCAAGGCAGCAGAACCGCCAAAAUCACGCCGCUCAAAGCUCGCCAAAGAGAACGAGAUCACCGCAGAAGAAGAGGCCGAGAUCAAAGAAGCAUGGAACCUCUUUCGACUCGAUGACGUGGAGGAAUACGAAGAUGAGAAGGAAGGAGUCAUCCGAACCAGCGAGGUAAAGACAGCUCUCAAAGCUCAAGGCCUUGCUCCUCGUAGUCAAUCGGACAUGCAAGAAUUCAUCGAGACCCUUGAUCCCGAUUCAUCUGGCUAUGUUACUUAUGCGCAUUUCCUUGCGUUAUGUGCCAUUCAACUCAAGUCCAAGACCGACGAGGCCAAGGACGAGGAAGUUCAGACUGCCUUUGACCUAUUCAGUCCCGGCCAGGGCGUUGCAGGCCAGGAACAGGUCAUUCACGUGCAAGAUCUACGGAUAGUGGCGAAAACAUUGAGGGAGGACAUUAGUGACGAUGUCUUGAAGGCAAUGAUUUUGGAAGCGAAUGGUGGGCAAGGUAUUGGCAAAGGUGUCAACCUGGAGGACUUUCGUGCUGUAAUGACCAGGGCAGGUGUGUUUCAAUAAGAGUCGGGGAUUGGGAGGCGGCAAGGUGUUUUUGGGUGACUGGGGCGAUGUCACUUUUAUGGACUGAAAAACAAGGAGAGACUACGGUGACCUUGAAUGGGAAACGGGAGAAGAGAGUAGAUUGUCUCCACGACUGAUCAGCUCACGAUUCA